GUACGAAAUUUUUGAUCAUAGCGGAAUCAUCACAUCCCAGUGUAGAUGCAAUACUUUAUCGUACAUAUGAUAUAUAUAGUGAUUAUGUAAUGAAAAAUCCUUUUUAUACACCUGAAAUGCCAAUUCGAAGUGAAUUAUUUGAUUUAAAUUUACAAAAAUUGAUGAAACAAAUUGGUGGAUAA